CAAUGGUUGUCAGAAUCUGAAUUCAUCGGUCCUUCUCUCUCCCACUUCUUUUUCCUUCUUCUGAAGGGUCAAUCUGAAUUUGAGGACUUACUUUUGGGGGACUGGUGGCCAUGGGGGUGUUGGAAGGUUUAUUCACUCUGCAUUUUGAUUUGGUCCAGCUGUUCUCAGAGCAGUCAAAUUAAAUGUAGCUUGUUUGUCUGUGCACUUGGCCAUAGCACUUACUGUAAGGUUCUGAGAUCUGGAUCUUUGAUGGACUGCAAUAAAGAAGAGGCCUUAAGGGCCAAGGACAUUGCUGAAAAGAAGAUGGAAAGAAGAGAUUUCAUGGGGGCACGUAAAAUUGCUCUUAAGGCUCAGCAGCUGUAUCCUGAUCUGGAAAAUAUAGCUCAAAUGCUUUUUGUUUGUGAUGUGCAUUGCUCUGCUGAGCUGAAAUUGUUUGGUAAUGAGAUGGACUGGUACAGAAUUCUGCAACUUGAACAGACUGCUAACGAUCUUAUGAUCAAGAAGCAAUACAAGAAGUUUGCUCUCCAACUGCAUCCCGACAAAAACAAGUUUUCUGGUGCAGAAGCUGCAUUUAAGCUGAUUGGUGAAGCUCAAAGAGUGCUUUUGGACAAAGAUAAACGAACUAUCCAUGACAUGAAGCGUAGGGUUCCAAUGAACAAAACUGCCACGUCACGUCAUAGUCAGCAGAAGGCUCCUAUGAAUUUUAAUUCUGCGGUGAAAACCAAUGUAAAGCCCAGUUUUACGAACUUGAAUGCUCAGCAGCAGCAGCAGCAAUCUAGGACGCCAGUGCAGCAAAGGCACAACUAUAGCCGCCCUACUUUUUGGACUGUCUGCCCUUUUUGUUCUGUUAAAUAUCAGUAUUAUAGAGAAGUUUUAAAUAAACCUCUCCGUUGUCAGCAGUGCAAUAGGCCCUUCAUUGCUUAUGAUGUGGAUAUGCAAAAUACAUCACCAGCAACUAAUUCAAGUCAGAAAGCUUUUGGCCAUCAUUUGAAUCAUGAUGCUUUCAAGAUGGGUGCUGGAUUUCAAGGAAAUCUGCAUGCUGAGAAGUCCAAUACAGAGCCUUAUGACAAUAAAGGCACUACUGAUGUCUCUAGGAAGCCAAAUGGAAAGAGAAAGAGUAACCAGGUGGCGGAAUCUAGUGAAAGUUCUGAUUCUACAGGUAGCACGGAUUCUGAAGAUAAUAUGGUUGCUGGCGAGGAUGGUUUUCCUGGUGUAGAAGACCAUUCAACUUAUAGAGAAGAGCAUCCACGGAGAUCUACACGUCAAAAACAUCAAGUUUCCUAUGAGGAGAAUGCAAGUGACAAUGAUGAGGUAAAACGGAAUCAUCUGUAUUCUGAAGAGAACUUAUUAAAUAGAAACAAGGAAACUAAAAAAGUGAGGGGAAAAGAAGCAGUGGGAGACUCAAAGCAUGUGGAUGAAACAUCCGAGCAUCCUUCUCCUUAUUCAGUCUCCAAAGCAGCAAAUCAUCCAAAUAUUUAUGUCUAUCCUGAUGCAGAGUUCAGUGACUUUGGCAAGGAUAGGAAAAAAGAAUGUUUUGCUGCUGGGCAGACUUGGGCUAUUUAUGAUACAGCGGAGGGCAUGCCUAGAUUCUAUGCUUUAAUCAGAAAAGUUCUCUCUCCUGGAUUUAAGCUGCGGAUAACAUGGUUUGAACCAAGUCCAGAUGACGAUGAUGAAAUCAACUGGGUAAAUGAGGAAUUGCCUGUUGCUUGUGGGAAAUAUAAACUUGGUGGCACUGACACCACUGAAGAUUAUCUGAUGUUCUCUCAUCUGAUUUUGAGUGAAAAGAUUGGGCGCAAUACUUUUAAAGUGUAUCCUAAAAAAGGAGAAACUUGGGCUCUUUUUAAAAAUUGGGAUAUCAAAUGGCACAUGGAUGUGGAAUCUCAUCAGCAGUAUGAAUAUGAGUUUGUUGAAGUCUUGUCGGAUUAUGUCGAAGGUGAGGGUGUAUCUGUUGCAUACUUGGCUAAGUUGAAAGGUUUUGUAUGUCUUUUUUCUCAAAUUACUAUGGAAGAUAACCAAUCAUUUCAAAUUCCACCAGUGGAGUUAUUUAGAUUCUCUCACAGGGUUCCAUCUUUCAAAAUGACUGGUGAGGAAGGAGUAGGCGUUCAUAUAGGAUCUUAUGAACUUGAUCCUGCAGCUUUGCCGACGAAUAUUGAAGAGAUUGCUGUUCCUGAAAAUUUGGAUGUGAAGGCUGGACAUAGUUCAAAACCACUGAUGACAUCUGAGGGAGAUGAUGUAUCUAUUUCUAAGGUUGAUGUGGAAAGAAGCAAUUUGGCAGAUGAGGUCAAGGACUCCAUUGAUGACAUUGAUGAUGGUCAUGCUCCUCCAGCUUCGGCCCCAGAAGAUAUCGAAAUACCAGCAGCUUCGACCCCAGAAGAUAUUGAAAUUCCAGAACCUCAGUUCUUCAAUUUUGAUGCUGGGAGGUCCCUUGAAAAGUUUCAGAUUGGUCAGAUUUGGGCAUUUUACAGUGAUGAGGAUGGACUGCCAAAAUACUAUGGUCAGGUUAAUGUGAUUAAAACUAGUCCAGUUCUUGAAUUGCGUGUUUAUUGGCUUAAUUGCUGCGGGCUACCAGAGAAUACCACUGAAUGGGAAGACAAAGACAUGCUUAUUUCCUGUGGCAGAUUUAAAGUUAGUAAAACAGUUGCAAAUGCCAGCAUUUAUAGGAACACCUCUUGUGUUUCCCAUCAGGUGCAUGCUGAUGCUGUUGGUAAGAAUAAGAAUUAUUAUGCCAUUUUUCCAAGGAAAGGUGAAGUUUGGGCAUUAUAUAGAAAUUGGUCAAGUAAAAUAAAAUAUUCUGACUUGAAAAAUUGGGAGUAUGACAUAGUGGAAGUUCUUGAAGAAACUGAUUUGUUUAUGGAUGUUUUAGUUUUGGAGUUUGUUAGUGGUUUUAGUUCAGUUUUCAGGGCUAAAUCAAAUGAUGGAUCAGCUGUCAACCUGAGAAUACCCAGAAAAGAGUUGCUUAGGUUCUCGCACCAAAUCCCAGCUUUCAAACUGACAGAAGAGCAUGGCAGCAAUCUGAGAGGCUUCUGGGAACUUGAUCCAGGUGCGCUGCCAAUUCAUUAUUAUGGCUCGAGAUGAAAGGGGCUGAGAAAGAAGCUCAAAUUUGCGAACCUGGUGGCGUUUUGUAAAGACAGCACCUGAGGUGUAACAUUUUGGUAAUUGUUCCGGCUGAAGGUUGCUGUGCCUGGUUCUUAGUUGCAUUCUUGGUUCUGUUUCUGAUGAUCCAUUGGGGAAUCCCAGUUGCAGUGUGUGAAUUGUUAAGUUUUAGGCUCCGAAUUGCUAAAGGAAGUUAGUUUACCAUUCACAUGCGGGUGCAUUCGCUUCACAUAUAGAAGUUAUAUUUAUCUGUUUUAUUAUCUUCAUUAGAUAUCUAUCUGUCUAGUAGAAAAGACUAAGACUGACUUGCAUGUCUGACGUUAAACUGGACUAGUCAGUCAUGGCAAAUAUAAUAUUUCUUUCCCUCUCUCUCUCU